AUGGAGCAUGGGUAUCCCCUAGAUGAAGUUCGUCCCAUUUCAUGCGAAGCUUAUACAAAAGAUUCAGAUAUACUAAACAUUAAUAGAAAUGAUGUAUUGGGGAACUAUUCUGUCACUUUAUUAGAUUCCAUAACCACAUUUGCAAUAAUGGGAGAAGUUGAGCAAUUCACUAAAUACAUUACCUUCAUACGAGACUUGAAUUUUGAUGUUGACUCAACAGUACAAGUGUUUGAAACUGCAAUCAGAGCUCUUGGUUCUUUGUUAUCAGCUCAUCUUUAUGCAGUCGAUAAGUUCAGAUUAACAAACUAUGACGGAUAUUUGCUAAUAAAAGCUCAAGAAUUGGGGCUCAAAUUAUUGCCAGCAUAUGAAAAAUAUGGUAAUGGUAUCCCCUUACCAAGAAUCAACUUGAAAAACGGUGCUUCAAAUAUACCUAAAAAACUAUAUGAAGACACAUGUACAGCUGGUGCGGCAAGUCCCUUUGUGGAGAUGAGUUUAUUGUCAAUAUUAACAAAUAAUACAUCGUUUGAAAGAUAUUCAAGAGAAACUUUUUUCAAAUUAUGGAAUUCAAGAAGUAAGUUGGAUUUACUUCCCAUGACAAUUGAACCCGUCAAAGGUAUUUGGAUCGAUGCUACUACUGGUAUUGGUGCAUCAAUUGAUUCCUUUUAUGAGUAUGCACUAAAAGGAGCAAUUUUGUUUGAUGACAAUGAGCUAUUGGAUGUUUGGGAAAGAUCAUACAAGGCACUAUCGACCCAUUCUAAAAAUGAGUGGUUCUUUGGAAACGUCAAUGUCGAUUCUGGGUUGUUAGUCAGCCCAUGGAUUGAUGCUUUGGGUGCGUUCUUCCCCGGUCUUCUGGUAUUAGCCGGUAAUGUUGAUGAUGCAAUCAAAAGCCAUAUUCCUUAUGUCAAGCUAUGGAAUCAAUAUCAGGGUAUACCAGAACGGUGGGAUUUUUUACCCUCAAGUCCAACCACAAAGAUAUUUGGCUCUGGCACAAAAGAUCCGGUAUCUUUAGAGUGGUAUAUAUUAAGACCAGAAUUCAUAGAAUCGACAUAUUAUCUUUACAGGGCCACAAGAGAUCCAUUUUAUUUAAGAGUUGGCGAAAAAAUUUUAAAUGAUUAUGUUGAAAAUUUCAAAGUCGAAUGUGGAUUUGCAGGUUAUAGAGAUGUCAGAACAAAAGAACUACAAAAUAGAAUGGAAUCAUUUGUUCUUAGUGAAACAUUCAUGUAUCUGUAUCUGUUGUUUGAUGAAGAUAAUGAAAUGAAUUUUGACAAACGUGCAGUUUUUUCAACAGAAGGACAUCCUUUGUGGAUACCAAAAGGAAAACUCGAUCAGUAUAAUUAUCAUAAACGUCAUCCACUAAAAAAUAUCAUUUCGAAGAAUUUCACAGACCCUGUGAUUAAUGUCACUCAAAGAUCUGACUUUGAUCUUCAUGAAAAUAGGAGAGAUUCUGUAAAUGAAUCGUCAAAAGGGUUGAUGCAUAAUUUAUACACAUCACUCAAGGAGUGGUCUCAGGAAAAAUUUGAGAGCCUCACAAAAUACAACAACGCAACUCUGUUUUUCAAAGAAUCAGUAAAGCCUCGAGUAAAGAGCUCAAUCAGCAAUCAGGAAUUGUCAAAACAAUGUGAAGUACCAGAAUUAGUCACAAGUUUAUUUGCAAAUUACUUAAAUGACCCUGAUGCGUUUCUGAUAGACGCCAAGUUUCAUGAUCAGUGGAAGUUGAAUGAUAACCCUAUUGAGUUAUCCACUGCUUUCUACCAAAGGUAUGCAAGGCCGAAUGCUAUUUGCUUUAGAGAACCCACCACAGUAACAUUGGAAUUUUUAAUUGGUGAUCGAAAUUUAAUUAGAGAUGUUAUAGUUGAAACAAGAGUCGAGAUUCAUGAAGGAGCAUCAGUGAAAAAUAUUUAUUUAAGUUCUAUUUCAGGUCUUCGAUUGAAGAUGGAAUUACUUCCAGCCCUGUCAGUGGACCAGUUCAAUCAAGAUAUUGACACAGAAUUUGUUAAUGAUUACUUAUCAGACUUGAACUUUGACUAUCAUGGAACAUGUAAAGUCGAAGAUGAGGUUUUAGCUACAAGUGUGUUAAGAGUCAAGAUUGUUAAUGGUGUUUCCAUUAUGAAGAACUCUACUAUAUUUGUCAGCUCAAGUGCUUUACAAACAUCGAGCCAGUCUUUAAGUGUUAGCAAGAAGGGGAAUAUAAAGAUGGACAACACUGUUGUGGUGAAUAUGAAGGUGAUGAAGUGA